GGCCGGGCCGCGCCGCGGGCCCCGGUGCGUGGCAGGCAGGCCCGGCUCCGCGCGGGCCGGCGCGCCCUGGGCCCUCGGCCGGGAGGUGGCCGGCGCCCCCGGGGCGGGGCGGGCUGCCUGCGCGGCGAGGGGGGCGCCUCUCCCCAAGCUCCCGCCCCUGCGGCGCCGGCCUCCGCAGCUCCGGGGCCCGCGGGAAGGACGUGCGUACCUGUCGGCCCUUCACCUGGGCGGGCGGGGGCGGAGUGGGCGACGCCGGGGAGGCCUCCGAACCGCGGGUGGCCGAGUGCACGGGGACCCAGGGACUCGCUCCCAGCGAGCGACUCGGAAUCCACGAGCGGCUCUCACCUUCAGUCUCCGGGAAGUGGAGCUGCGUCGACCGUGUAUAUCCAGCGGGUGUCAUAAAGCAGGAUAAUCAUACCGUUCACCCCAAGUUUAAGCUUGGAGGGAGCAGAAAGCCGGGCGCGGGCGACAUGGCCCUGGUGCCCUAUGAAGAGACCGCGGAAAUGGGGCUGCAGAGGUUCCACAAGCCUCUGGCCACCUUCUCCUUUGCAAACCACACGAUACAGAUCAGACAGGACUGGAGGCAACUGGGAGUCGCAGCGGUGGUUUGGGACGCGGCUGUCGUUCUUGCCACCUAUCUGGAGAUGGGAGCUGUGGAGCUCAGGGGCUGCUCUGUCGUGGAGCUGGGUGCUGGCACAGGGCUGGUGGGCAUCGUGGCUGCCCUGCUGGGUGCUCAUGUGACUAUCACGGAUCGAAAAGUAGCAUUAGAGUUUCUUAAAUCAAACGUGCAAGCCAACUUACCUCCCCAUAUCCAGCCCAAAGCUGUGGUUAAGGAGCUGACUUGGGGACAGACGUUGGGGAGUUUUUCACCUGGAGAAUUUGACCUGAUACUUGGAGCUGAUAUCAUAUAUUUAGAAGAAACUUUCACAGAUCUUCUUCAAACAUUGGAACAUCUCUGUAGCAACCACUCUGUGAUUCUUUUAGCUUGCCGAAUUCGCUAUGAACGGGAUCACAACUUCUUAGCGAUGCUGGAGAGGCAGUUUACUGCUUUCCCUGCCUCCUUAUAAUGCAUAGGAUGACAGUGAAAAAAAGUUUUAAACCUCAUCCGUCCAUGCGAGGUGAGCUCCCCAAGUGUAAGCUCCUCCUGUGCUGUACUCGUAAUUGCUUAUUCACUGUCUGUGCUCCCCAGAAGACUGUGAGCUUCUUGAGGGCCAGGAAUGCUUCUGCCUCCUCAGUAUCUAGUAGCUUCUUGAGGACAGGAACUUUUCAGUGCCCAGAAGUGUGUUCUCAACAAGUACAUAUUUGUGAAAUGAGCAAGUGACAGCAAAGGAUGGAGAGAAGAAAGGCACUCUGUGCUUUUACUGGAGGUCCAAGCACCUGAACACAGCUUACAAGGCAUAACCAUACCAGCAGAGAAGAAUGGGAAAGAAGAUAAAAGUAAGAGUUUGGGAGGUUAGAAACAGAUGGAUGAAUGGUAGUGAACUUGGAAGACCUCAGAAGGCCAACUCAUGAGGCGGAGGCAGGGACAGCCUGAUCUGUGCCACAAAAUCCUUAAGAGGCUCAGGAUCUAAGGCACCUUAGAAGGUAGAGUGAAAGGAGAGGCUGAAAAUAAGGGAGGCUGAUUGAAGGCUCUUUGAAAAGCAACUGGAUCCCCUCCUCAACUCUCUGUGGAAGAACAAAUAAUCUACCCUAUGCUGACAGAAAAAUGGAGAUUUAUUUUCUGGAUAGAGGGUUUCUUGACUGCCUAACACCAGGCACUGCUGAGGUGAGGUACUAAACCCUAGUCCUCUUCCCUCACUUGGCUUACAGGUCUUUACUAUAAGCAGGAGAUUAGUAAAGCUUUUCUCUGGCGAACCUGACCAAUACCAAGAGGAGAAGACAGACGAGAUAAUAUCGGGAAAUCACCCUACCAUGAAGCUCACAACUCAUAAAUGUUAGGCCCCAACCAUAACCACAGAACUUCCAAUACAGGUUUUUGGUCCUCUACUUUUAAAUGUAGGCAGACAACCACGAGUUAUCAAAUAUUUUAGGAAAGCUUCUGACAUGAAAGAUGGUGACCAAAGCAGAUAGAAGGAGGAAAAGGUAUAUAGAAGAAAAUCUAUGUGGAGAGGAGAAAACUUAAUAUUAUCAUAAAUAAGAGAAAAUACUGUCUUUGUGAAACAAACAGGAUGCUAUUAAAACACAAAAGGACUAUUCAGAAACAAAGGGAACUCUUGGAAACAUGACAGCAGAAAUAAAAAAGUCUGACAGAUGGGUUGAAAUGUGAAGUUGAAGAAAUUCCCAGAAAGCAGAGCAAAAAGACAAAGAGACAGAAAACAGGAGAGAAAAGAUGAGAAAAUCAGAGAAACAGUCCUACAGGUAUAACAUCUGGAUCACAAGAAUCCUAGAGAGAAAAGAGAAAGAAGAGGGAAAGAAAAAAAAAAAAAUCACCAACCAAAUAACUUAAAUUGCCCAGAAUUGAAGACCCAAGUUUCCACUAAAAAAAAAGAAAGGGCCCACUGAAUACAACUGCACAAAGGAUGAAAACUGAUCCAAACCAAGGCUUUGAUAAUGAAAUAGUGAAGCACUGUGAACAAGAGAUUUUUACAAGAUCACAGAUACAAGAUAGGAAAUGGAUUUAGUCUUUUCAAACAGCAACACUAGAAGUUGACUGUAGAUCAAUGUCUUCAAAAUUUGAAAGAAGAAAAAUGAUUUCUUUACCAAGAAUUCUUUACCCAGUCAAGCUUGCUCAAGGAACCACUGGAAACAAAAAACUACAAGAAAAAGGUGGUAGGAAGAAAGGAAUUUCCAGGAUGAUGUUAUAUAGCGGCUGUGGACAACAACCAGACCAGAAGAAUGAUGUCCCAAGAAAUAGAUAUGUUGAAGGUUGUCAUCACCAAGAUCCCUGCUGGUAUUAUAUCUUCUUUUUACCAGAAGGCUGAAUGUUUGGAUGAGCCCAGAUUCUUAGCUGUGCACAUCUGCCUUAACCAUGUGCUAAUGAAGUCCUGAGGCUCUCACCUUUGUUCCUGCACCUGCGUCAUCCUGAGUGGAGAGAGAAGAGAUGCUAUGGUAUGAUGUAUACAGUCUUCAACUUUUCUAUUAACGCAGGAGCAGUCUUAGCCAGUAGAGCAGUAUUUCAGACACAGAAUCAGUUAACAGAGCCAGUAUGUGGGUUUCCAAAAUUACUUGAGGAAAGGAGAUUCCUAAUUCGUUACACAAAUGAAUGUUUUUUGGGAGUGCAAAAACGAACAAAAGACUGAAUACAGUAUAAAGUUAAAAAAAGAUCAGGUACAUGUGAACUCAGAGAGAAUGUUGUAUAAAUAUUGGACCUGGAACAUUAAAAACAAUGAAUCUUAGAAAUCAUGGAAAAUCUAGUAUUAGCUUGACAGUUCUGUCAAGAAUUCUUAAGAGUUCUUCCAAUAAUUCUGAAUUCCAAAAUUUAUUUGGUAUUGGUAUUUAAGACUUAGGUAGUUUCAUGAAUUUAUCCCUAAAAAUUAAAGUAAUUGUUUGAAAAAUAUGAACUUAAAACAAAUUUCAAAAUUGUCAUGCCUAAAGAAGACAAACUAAAAAUAAAUUCACAGAGAUACAUGCCAUUUUGCUAUAAUGGUCUCCAGAGUUCUAACUCUUAACAUGAAAAAUGAAAAGGUAGUGAUCCUGUAGUAUAAUUCACCCAAUCUUGAGCGAAACAAAGAAUGCUGUUCCAAGUAGUUGGGAAAGAGCCUAACAUUUGGUGGAGACCUGGAUCUGUCAUCAAAUGGUCACUGGACAAAUUAAGCUUUUUGUGUUCCAGUUUCCUCAUCUGAAAACAAGGGAGAUGGAUUAAAAGAUACUUCUCAAUUUUAAAUGCUCUGAUCUUAGGAAAUGACAACACAAGAUGUAUGCACACACACACAUAAUUAUGCAGACCACUGAAUAAAAUAAUAUACAUAUUAUUUCCUUUUACUAUAUGGUUCAUAGUAAAGAAGACAAACUAACAAAGAAUAGUUCACCUAGACUCUUAAUCUUGGGCAAAUAUAAAAAUAUUACCAUUCAUAUACAAUAUAUAAAAUUUAACAGUCCCUUUUCUUAAUUUUCAGAGCGAAUAAAGCAUCUUUUUCUUUCCAUCUUAGAAAGCUUCAAGAAAUUUAUCUAAGACUAUAUCACUUUCGUACCUUUACACAGUAAAGACAGUAGAUAUUUAAGUUUAAAAUGUAGUUUAGAUAAACAUCCUAGUAAAAUGUCAAAUGACUGCUUCUAUGAUAUGUAAAAGGAGAGUGUGCUGCAACACUCAAGAGUGGUGGAAUGCCAAAGAAACACCGAGGACAAAUAUAGUAUUGAUAAAUUUGGGAAUUUAUUCUCUGAUCAGAAAAAUGGUUUAAGCAAAGGCUUAAAUUAUAGUAGGCCUUUAGAGAAAUGAGUGACUCAGUGGCUGGUGUCUGAUUUUGUAUAGAAGCAAGGAUAAAAGAUAAACAAUGGUCUUUCCAAAUGAAUCAGCAACUACUAGGGCAAAAUGAGAAUAUGAGAAUGAUAUCUCUUAAAGUAAGUCACUGGGUUUAGAGUUUUUAUGUUGCAAUGUACUUUACUUCUCCUCUGUAUAGCAAUAUAUCCUGAGGUAAUUCAGCACAAGAACCAACAGUAUCUUCAAUUUUAACAAUUUAUGUUAUAUACAUUACACUUGUAUUAUAGUAUCAUAUCUGAGCACUUAUAUGUCAGGAACUCUUCAAGUUACUGGGAACAAAGAAAAAUUUUUAAGAACUUUGUGGAAUUUAUAAUUCUAGUGUGUUGAAAUAGGGGAGAGAAAGUAAACAAAAUGUAUAACAGAUCAGAAGUUAAGAAGUGUUAGGUAAAAAAAAAAAAAAAGCUGGGAAGGAUGUUGGAGGGACUUUCAAUAUUAUAAGAGUGGACCAGUAAAGCCCUCAUUGAUAAAGGUAGUAUUUAAAUUCACCUACCCAGCACCUAUACAGAACUAUACCAAAUCAGGGACAAAUUUCUGGCAGCACUAACUGUGUAUUUUCUGCCUCUACCAAGUCAAGCCAACUACAGGACAUCAAACAAGAAAGCAAGCCCAUAUCAUCACUUUUGCUAACAACCAUUAAGGAAAAGGAAUGAAGGCUGUAAAUUUCCACCUUGUUCUUUUUCCUAAAAUAUUUUAACCUUUAAGAAGUGCCCAAGUCCUUAUGAUCCUAAACAUUCUAGUUCAAGUUUAUGAAAAAUAAAUCCAUCUCCCUCACAACUUAGUUUUAAUCCCUUAAAUCUAUAACAAAUUUAAUCCAGUUUAGGAUGAGAGCUAAGCAUUCAGAGAAAUGAACUGUGAAUUUUGACUCUGAAGAAAUAAUACAUUCGUAACUAAUAGAACAUAUGAAUAUAUGCUGUGGUUUUUAAAAGCAAUGACCUUAAUUAUAAAUGAGAAAAAAAAAAAAACUCCCCUGCACCUAGCAAGUGGGUGAUUCCUCCUGAACUCUUUCACCAAUCCGAAAGUCCAGGGAUUUAAGGAAAUCACAUACGCAGAAGUCUAAAGUCUCCAGAGUAUUCAUAGCAAAAGUCACACUUGGGCACAUGAUUUUAAAACUAUAAAUGACUAGUUUGUUGUCACAGUCAGAUAUAUUACUAAAAAUAUUUUGCAUAAGUAUACCUAAAAACAUCUAGGGGUGAGACACAAUACUUUCUACAUAGUUAUUCUGUACCUGUUAUUUAGUUUUUAGCAUAUUACAACUGUUUGAAAGCCUUGCUUGCACAUUCUUACAUCUUCAACGUCUUGAUUAAUAUUCUAAAAGUGUUACGAUUAAUUUACUAAAAAGAGUGGCAAAAUGUUCAGCUGCUACAUAAUGGACUCUAGCUUUCCAGGAAUCAAUGACUAUGUUGCUCUGUCUCUUUUCCUCUACUUUUUUUCCCCUACGUGUUUUUUGGUUGUUUACCUUGAAAUACUUCAUUUAUCUUUAUCGUAUGUCCUAUCUAGCAGAACUGAGAUGUAUGCAAUCAAUACUGGAAAUGUAAUGCUCCAGGUUUCUGAUGCUAAUAAUAGCCUUUUGGUGUUAAAUACAGCAUACUUUCACUGAAACCAGAUAGGAAAACAGCAUAUUCAACUGUUGCAUGUGUACGUAUACAUGUGUAUAGGUGUGUGUAUAUAUGCACACACACACACUCCCCUCUCAACACACAUAUCAACUUCAACUAUAAGAACCUUAUUAGAUUAGAUUGAUCACACCUCAACAUUUUUAGGGAAAGAGUAAGAAUAGCCAAUGUGAUAAACUAAAAUAAACUGGUGUCUUUAUCAAGCUAAGUAAAUCCUGACAUAAUCUUAAGAAACAGUUUUCUCUAUGCUCCUGCUAAGGUCUUUCUCCCUUAAUUGGAAAACAAACCCAUACUUUAGCCUACAGUCUAGAUAUUAGAGGAAGGCAAGGAAAGUUGUAUAUGAAACUAAUUCUGUGUGAUCUGAAUUUGAUGAGAUUUAAUCAUUUAUGAGACAAAAAUAGAAGCUUGAAAAUUUAUUCAUGUUUUAAUAAGUUCUUUGUAUUAAUAAUAAAUGCCAGUACUCAACUACCACUACCUAAAGAGAAGGCAUACAGCAAAGGAGAAUCUUUUCAAUGUUAUUUAAUAAAACUGAUUCCCUUAUUUGUUUAUUGGACUGAACUCAGAGAAACUGCUUUAAGUUCAAGAUUUAUAUGUUAUGAUUUAUUGCAGUUUUGUAAUUACCAGAGUACUUGAAUGCUAUUUUUAAUAAACA